CAAUGCUUAUUCUUCAUAGCGUUCGGAACGGUACGACGUAAUUUGCAGAAUUGCAGGUGCCUAAGAAAUUGUAGCGAGAGGAACUCAAAGCUCAGAGAGAGAGGGAUGGCAGGAAGGCAUUUGUAUUCAAUUGGAAGCCCUAGAUCCAAAUCCCCCACCAUCCUCUUUGUCUGUCUCUCUCUUCUCACUCUCUUCUUCAUCUUCCUCUUCUCCUUUUCUAUUUCUCCUUCCCAAAACCCUAACCUCAGACCCGAGCGCUCCUUCGUAGCCUCACUCGAGCACUUCCUCGCCUCUGGUUCUCGCAGAUCUCGUAGGGUUCCUGACGACACGGUGGUUUCUGGUGCUGAAGAUUCCGUGACAAAGCUCGAUGAUUUGAUGUGGAGGAGAGAGAGUGAGAAGUUCCGCGAAGAUUCGUACUACCCGGCUUUGUCACUGGCGCCGUCGCCCCUUCGGGUUUAUGUAUACGAAAUGCCUUCCAAAUUCACCUACGAUUUGCUGUGGUUGUUUAGGAAUACGUACAGAGACACCUCGAAUCUCACCUCUAAUGGCAGCCCCGUUCAUCGCUUGAUCGAACAGCAUUCUAUUGACUACUGGUUGUGGGCUGAUUUGAUUGCUCCGGAAUCAGAAAGGCUUCUAAAAAAUGUUAUAAGAGUUCACCAUCAGGAAGAGGCAGACCUAUUUUACAUUCCAUUCUUCACAACCAUCAGCUUCUUCUUGUUGGAGAAGCAGCAAUGCAAGGCACUUUACAGGGAGGCUUUGAAGUGGGUGACAGAUCAGCCUGCUUGGAAGCGGUCUGAAGGAAGGGACCACAUACUUCCAGUUCAUCAUCCCUGGUCCUUCAAGUCUGUUCGAAGAUUUAUGAAGAAUGCGAUUUGGCUGUUACCAGACAUGGACUCUACAGGGAACUGGUACAAGCCUGGACAAGUUUGGCUUGAGAAAGACCUGAUACUUCCUUAUGUCCCUAAUGUUGAUUUAUGUGAUGCAAAAUGCUUAUCGGAGAGUGAACCAAUGAGAAGGACUUUGUUGUUUUUUCGUGGAAGGCUUAAAAGAAAUGCUGGAGGAAAGAUACGUGCUAAACUUGUGGCUGAACUAAGUGGUGCAGAGGAUGUUGUUAUCGAGGAGGGUACUGCUGGAGAGGGAGGGAAAGAAGCUGCUCAAAAUGGCAUGCGCAAGUCUAUCUUUUGCCUAAGUCCAGCUGGUGACACUCCAUCAUCUGCUAGGUUGUUCGAUGCUAUUGUUAGUGGAUGCAUACCUGUUAUCCUUAGUGAUGAACUAGAGCUUCCUUUUGAAGGCAUACUUGAUUAUCGUAAGAUAGUUCUGUUUGUUUCUUCCAGUGAUGCCAUGCAACCAGGUUGGCUUUUGACAUUUCUUAGGAGCAUUAGUCCUUCUCGGAUACAAGAAAUGAGGAGGAACCUAGCCAAGUUUUCAAGGCAUUUUGUUUAUUCAAGUCCAGCUCAGCCAGUUGGUCCAGAAGAUUUAGUGUGGAGAAUGAUGGCAGGCAAACUUGUGAACAUUAAGCUCCACACCCGGCGAUCGCAGCGUGUUGUGAAAGAUUCCAGAAGACUCUGUACCUGUGAGUGCAGGCGUGCCAAUUCCACAACUUCAACUCCUCUCUCUUGAUCACUUGCUGCCACUGUUGCUUCAAUAUGCUUUCAUUGUUGGUGAAAGAUUGCUUUCUUUGCUCGUCCGAUGAUGCAAAUCAAUCUCAGCAAAUUACUUCUGUAAUCUCCUCAUUAUCUUUGUCUCGCUGAUGCUAGAUUCUGUAAGCUGCCAGUUUUUGAAGGUCGCUUCUCUCUUGAUUAUGUAAAAGAGGAACCGAUUCACUCAUGGUGUUCCUUCUUUUCUUUUUGUGCAAUAAAUUAUUUUUGCCAUCAUUGUCUUUCCUUUUGCGUUGUUUCGUUUUUAAUGUUCUUCUAGACUUUAUUUAUGAUGCAUUAUCAAUGUAUAUACUCAAAAUGUUCUGUUUAUAUUAGAAUGCUUCUAAUCAAAGUAGACUUCUUUUUCCCCC